CUCAAAAAAAUGGGGAACAACUCUGUUGACAUCUACUUCAACCUCACUAUGUUUGUGGACAUCGGUCUCUAUCGCUAUGUUGCAUUUGUUUUUUUCCUUCUGCUCUACACCUUCAUCAUCUUGUCCAACAUCCUCCUGAUCCUGGUGAUCUGUCGGGAGAGAAACCUGCACCAACCCAUGUACAUGCUCGUGGCUUGUCUGUCUUUCAAUGAGCUGUACGGCUCCGCUGGUUUCUUCCCCAGAUUUCUGGUGGACCUUCUGUCCGACUCUCACCUGAUCUCCUACACCUCCUGCUACGCUCAGAUUUACUUCAUAUACACGUACGCCUCCAGUGAGGUCACCAUCCUCAGCAUCAUGGCAUAUGAUCGCUACAUAGCUGUGUGUCAACCCCUGCACUACAGGACAAAGAUGACAGCAGGACGUGUCUUGGGGCUGGUCGGACUGGCCCAAAUACAUUCCUUCUGUAUUGUGACGCUGUGUAUGGGCAUGUCCAGCAGGCUUCCUCUGUGUGGCAAUGAAAUACAGAAAAUCUACUGCGCCAUCUGGAACAUUGUCAAACUAUCCUGCAUCCCAACAGUUGCGAACAACAUCGUGGGCUUGCUAGUCACCAUCACCGCCGCCUUCCUGCCUCUGUUUUUUGUCCUGUACACAUAUCUGCGCAUCCUUAUCAUCUGCUGGGGAAGGUCGGCCGACUUUAAAGGCAAAGCCUUCCAGCAGUGUUUGCCUCACAUCGUCUCAUUUGUCAUCUUUUCCAUUGCAGUAUUUUGUGACAUUUCUCUCAGCAGACUCAAUGUAGAGGAGAUCAACCCAAUAGCUGCUGCAGUUCUGGCUCUGGAGUUCGUUGUCAUCCCUCCGCUGUUGAACCCCCUUAUUUAUGGAAUGAAGUUACUGGAAAUUAGGAGACGCAUCCGGAAGAUACUUGAUUUAAAACUCACCAAUUUAUGA